UCAUGUCAUUUCCAUUUCGUUUCGUUCGUUCGGCAAAAGGAAUUGAAACGGAAAAGUAGGUCGACAGUAUUGAUUUUUACAAUAUUCCACAAACAAAAGACGUAACAGCGCUCAGUGAAACGCCAUACGUUAUAUUUCGUGCUAGAGGCGGCUGCGAUCGUGGAAGAUGCCCGACGCGGAGCUUGUAGCCGCGCCGACGGUGGAGAACGUCCGCGUGGUGGUGCGCGUACGGCCGAUGGAUCAGCGCGAGAAGAUUGACGGCGCCUACAGCUGCGUCUCCGUGGACCCCAUCAACAGCACCGUCGCCGUGUCCAGGACCAACGUGACCCCCGUCGAACCGCCUAGGAUCUAUGCCUACGAUGCCGUGUUCGACAGCAACACUACACAGAUGGACAUCUACGUGCAGACGGCGAGUCCUAUCGUGGAGCAAGUGUUGAAGGGGUACAACGGCACUAUAUUCGCGUACGGACAGACCGGCACCGGCAAGACGUACACCAUGGCCGGCAGCAACUCGGCGCCCGAGCUGCGCGGCAUCAUCCCCAACUCCUUCGCGCACAUCUUCAGCCACAUCGCAAAGGCGAAGGACGAUGAGAAGUUCCUGGUAUGCGUGACGUACCUGGAGAUUUACAACGAGGAGGUGCGCGACCUGCUCGGCAACAACCCGCACCAGAGCCUCGAGGUCAAGGAGCGGCCCGACAUCGGCGUCUUCGUCAAGGACCUCACCGGCUACGUGGUGCACAACGCGGACGAGCUGGAGAAGAUAAUGGCGGUCGGCAACAAGAACCGGCACAUCGGCGCCACCGCCAUGAACACCGAGAGCUCUCGCUCGCACGCCAUCUUCUCCAUCACAGUGGAGAGCAGCAAGCGCGGCGCCGACAACAAGACGCACGUCAAGAUGGGCAAACUGCACCUCGUCGACUUGGCCGGUUCAGAACGACAAAGCAAGACGCAAGCGACAGGCACUCGCCUGAAAGAAGCGACGAAGAUCAACCAGUCGCUGUCAGUGCUUGGCAACGUGAUCUCGGCGCUGGUGGACGGCAAGAGCACACACAUCCCCUACAGGAACUCGAAGCUCACCAGGCUGCUGCAGGACUCGCUGGGAGGGAACUCCAAGACUGUUAUGAUAGCGACGAUCGGGCCGGCGGACACCAACUACGUGGAAACGAUCAGCACGCUGCGGUACGCGAACCGCGCCAAGAACAUCGAGAACAAGACGCACGUCAACAGCGAGCCCGGCGACGCGCUCCUCACCAGAUUCCAACAAGAAAUCGACCAGCUCAAAAAGCAGUUGGAGGAAUGCAAUGAUGUGGAAGAGGAAGAGGAGGAGGAGGAGUUGUCGUCGGAGGAGCUGUCGGAGGACACGCUCACCGACCCCGAGCUCGAUUCUCUCGACCCCGACGAGAAGAAGAUCCGUAAGAAGAUGCGCCGCGAGGAGAAGGAGAAACUGAACAGAGAGAAGGCGCACCAGGCGCGUAAGGUGCUCGAGGAGAAGAAGGCGGAGCUGCAGAGGACUAAGAAACAACAAGAAGAACUGAAGGAGAAGCUGCAGCGGCUGGAGUCGAAGGUGUUGGUAGGCGGCGAGAACUUGCUGGACAAGGCCGACACGCAGCGCCGCCUGCUCGAGCACGCCGCGCGAGAGCUUGAGCAGCGCCGGCUCAACGAGCUGCGUCUCCAGGAGGACCUGCAGAAAAAGGAGGCGGAACGUCUUGACCUUGAGGAGCGGUACUCAAGCCUACAAGAGGAGAACGCGGCGAAGACUCGCAAGCUGAAGCGCGCCGUGCAGCUGCUGAACUCCGCCAAGGCAGAGCUGGCGGACCAGCAGCGCGAGCAGCAGCGUGAGAUGGAGGGCAUCCUCGACUCCAUCCGCGCGCUCAAGCGCGAGAUACAGCUCGCAGACCUCGUCCUCGACUCUUACAUACCUAAGGAGUACCAGACUCUGAUAGACAAGUACGUGCACUGGAACGAGCAGCUAGGCGAGUGGCAGGUGAAGUGCGUCGCGUACACCGGCAACAACCUCAGCGCGCCGCACCAGCACCGCCACAACGCGCAGCAACAGCAACAGAAAUACGUGGAGCCGCCGGACCUGUCGGACCGCUACCUGUCGUACGCGUCGGUGAACGCGCGCGCGGGCUCGCGGCUGGCGCGCCCGCACACCUCCGCCGUGCCGCGCCCGCACACCGCGCUGCGACAGCGACAGUAACACUCCACACACCUUAUCUCCUAUUAAUAGUAUAAUAACGCAUAAGAAAAAUGUGCUUCAUAGACCACGUAUGAUUUGUCACCUGAGGCGGUAAUGAGCAGUAAGCGGGUUGAGGUACACUCACACCCCACUGGAGAUCACGCGCAAUACUGCGCCUAUCUCUGUGUAUUCUUUUAUGGUUUUGUGUGUAGUUGUUAAAUUGUACCUACGAACAAACAGUAUUUAGGAAUUAUAAUAAAAACCAUUCAGACCGUACUAUAUAGGUAUAUACCUAAUUGGAAUUUGUACUCAUUGUUACUUUUCUUCAAGUAAUUGAUGAUUAUUUACCUUUUUUGUAUAGAAUAUACUUAAUAAUAUAAUUCUUAGUUUUUUUUUUCAGUUUUAAUUCUAUGAAUUUAUAUAUUUUUUAAGCUAAUCGUAGGGACUACUGUGAACACUUUAUUUAUCGAUCUCAUUAUUUAUAUUAUGGAACAUAAUUUUUAUAUUGUGUUGGUUGAAAAAUAUUUUGUAUGUACCAGCGGCAAUGUUGACUAUUAGGCAUUUUCUUACAAAAGUUCUCUUUUUCAAUAAUUGUAUUAAUUAAUAAUUUGCGAUAUUAGAUUUUUUAUUUGUAAAUGAUGUUGAAUUUAUUUAUUGUUUUAGUAUUCGUUACUUUUAUUCGGUUAUGAAAUUAUACAUUUUGGUAAAUUUAUGUAAAAAAGUCGGCAUUGAAUAUUUCCAAUUUUUUUUUACCAAAGGGUUCUUAAUACAUAAAAUAACCAAAAAUUCAAAAUGUGAUUGUGUUUAUUAUAAUUUCUUCUAGAAGGAAUCAUUGAAUGUCCAGCUUAGGGCUAUGAAUAAUGUAUUCUUUGAUUUUGUGUUACUUUGUAACCGACAUUAAUAAAUAUUAAACGAAUACUGACUAAUUGUUCAAAUAAAUUUAUACAAUUUGUUUGAUAAAACUUUGCUAGUCCAUUCCAUUUUUUGUUCGCGCUUCAGUAUUAUGUUAAACCCAAAUGUUGUGCACAAAGUUUUUAUUGUGAUAUCCACGUGUAUGUAUUAAUGCGUUUAGAUAUUACACUUUUUGUACGCGA